AUGUUGCUCUUCGUGGAGCAGGUGACAUCUAAAGGCACUGAUUUAAAUCCUAAUACCAAAGUAUGGCAAGAAAUUCCUUCUGGAAAUCCAGAUGGCACUCCUGUAACAGAAAACCCUUGGCAUGAAACUGCAGCCACAUCUGGAUCUCAUCCUGAGGGUAAUCCAGAACUUUCAGAAGAUAUGUGCAAGGAGUAUGAAGUCAUGUAUUCUCCCGCUUGUGAAACCACAAGAAAUACUACAGACAUCGAAGAGUCAGCUGAUGGAAUGAUUUUAGGACCAGAAGAUCUGAGUUACCAAAUAUACGAUGUUUCUGGAGAAAGCAAUUCAACAAUUUCUACAGAAGAUUUAAAAGGAUGUCUGAGAAAACAAUUAGAGUUCUGUUUUUCACGAGAAAAUUUUUCAAAGGAUCUUUACUUGAUAUCUCAAAUGGAUAGUGAUCAGUUCAUCCCAAUAUGGACAGUUGCCAACAUGGAAGAAAUAAAAAAAAAAAAACUGACCACAGAUCUGGAUUUAAUUCUUGAAGUGUUGAGAUCUUCCCCGAUGGUACAAGUUGAUGAGAAGGGGGAGAAGGUGAGACCCAGUCAUAAGCGUUGUGUUGUAAUUCUCAGAGAAAUUCCUGAAACUACACCAGUAGAGGAAGUGAAAGCUUUGUUUAAAAAUGAAAACUGCCCAAAAGUCAUAAGCUGUGAAUUUGCACACAACAGCAAUUGGUAUAUUACUUUCCAGUCAGACACGGAUGCACAACAGGCCUUUAAAUAUUUAAGAGAAGAAGUUAAAACAUUUCAGGGCAAGCCAAUUCUGGCAAGGAUAAAAGCCAUUAAUACGUUUUUUGCUAAGAAUGGUUAUCGAUUAAUGGAUUCUAGUCUGUAUACUCAACCCAUUCAGACUCCAACCCAAUAUCCCUCACCAGUUUUUAAGCAGCCAGUGUAUAACCCUCAUCAGCAGUACUCAGUGUAUAGUAUUGUGCCUCAGUCUUGGUCUCCAAGCCCUGCACCCUACUUUGAAACACCACUGGCUCCUUUCCCUAAUGGUAGUUUUAUGAAUGGCUUUAGUUCACUGGGAUCUUAUAAAACAAAUGCUGCUGCUGUGAACAUGGGCUGACCAUUCCAAAAAAAUCGUGUGAAGCCUCAUUUUAGGUCAUCCAGUGGUUCAGAACACUCAGCAGAGGGCUCUGUGUCAUUGGGGGAUGGACCAUUAAGUAGAUGUAAUUCAAGGAACUUUCUCUCUGAACGGCAUAACUCUACAGUAACAGGGAGUCAAGAACAAGCUUAUGUUCCAAAGGAAGCUCCCAUUUUACAGAUGGAACAGAAUGGGGACCUUGUUAGGGGCAGGGGGGCUCUUUUCAGAGGUCGAAGGCGAAGAGAUGAUGACAGGGUUCCAAGACCUCAGCCUUCAACAACUGAAGUGAAGGCUCCAACACCAAAGUUUGACUUACUAGCUACAAAUUUUCCUCCCUUACCUGGAAGUUCGUCAAGAAUGCCAGAUGAGCUUGUUCUGGAGAAUAGAAUGUCUGAUGUGGUUAAAGGUGUCUACAAAGAAAAGGACAAUGAAGACUUGAGAGUUAGUUGCCCAGUUCCUGCAGAGGAUGAACAGGCAGACAGUGCUUCUGCCCAGCAACUCAGCAGAAGUCCCGGUCCUUCAUGUCCAACUGAGCUUCCUGUGUUAAGCACAACUCAGCAAGAAAAGGAACAAUUGGAGGAUUCUACAGUUCCAAAGGAUGUUCUCAGUCAGAUGACUAUACCAGUUUCUUCUCCAGCUACUGCAAAGUCAUCAAGGGCAGACACUGCUUCCUGCAAUAGCAACAUCAGUGCACCCACCAUUGUGAAUCUACAGGAACCUCGAAAGUUAAGUUAUGCUGAGGUGUGUCAGAAGCCUCCUAAAGAGCCAUCUCCAGUUCCUGUCCGGCCACUACGGGAACUGAGAUUCAAUAUUGCGUCUCCCACCAGAAAUGAAGAGAAUAGAUCUCCUGAGAAGCCUGUUGAAAAAACAUAUGAGAAACCAGAAACAAGGGCUAGUAAGGAUCAUUCUGGCUUCCGCGACAGUCCCAUUCCCAGGGGAGCAGCUGGAAAAAUCAGGGAACAGAGACGGCAGUUUAGCCAUAGGGCUAUACCUCAGGGAGUGACUCGACGUAACUGGAAAGAGCAGUUUGUGCCACCCAGAUCACCAAAGUAAAACACAACCGUAACAGAAGCUACUCAGAAACUUCUCUCU